AUGGACAGGGCCAUUAAACGUCUAAAGGCUAAAAAGGUACUCGUAUUUGAGCGUGGAGAGGAGGAGUAUGAGCGUUCCGUCGCGACAUCAAACCUUCUGUUCCGUUUCUCGAGGCCGGAAUGUGUAAUGCAGCCCACGACGUUUUCACAAGUCCAAGAUAUAAUCAAGCAGGCAAAAUCGCAGAAACUCGAAAUAACCAUCAAAGGCGGGGGCCACUCAUACGCGGGACAUUCCACCGCCUUCAGAGGUAUCUCUCUGGAUCUCAGCAAGUUGAACACGGCCAAACUUGAUAUCAAAUCUAAAAGUGUCACUAUACAAGCUGGUUGCCAGUGGGGCAAUGUUUACAAGACCUUGGUUAACGGCCAACAUGAUGGGUUCGUCGUGAAUGGCGGCAGGUGUCCCACUGUGGGAGUAGGGGGGUUUACUCUUGGGGGUGGUCUCGGCCCAUUCACCAGGAGUAUCGGAAUGGGGAGCGACACUUUAACGGAGGCUACCCUAGUGACCGCAGAUGGAAACUUGGUCACCGUCAAGGAUAGUGAUGACCCGAACUCUAAUAAAGGCAGGCUCUUCUGGGCGAUCCGCGGUGGAGGAGGUGGUAAUUUCGGAGUCUUGGUAGAAAUGAAGCUACAGGUUCGGAGACUACGCAACAAGGAUGGCAUUGUGAUAGCUGGGAGAUAUCAGUGGUUUCCCAAGUCGGGAAUGACUGAUGAUUUCAUGACCACGAUGAACAGUUUCUAUACGACGAGCUGGCCUAACCGGAUGACCAUCGACAGUACGUGGAUGUGCGAUCUACGAGGACGUUCUUCAGCUGACGGAGUGAGAUUCUUGAUAUAUUAUGAUGGGACUAAAGAAGAGUUUGAUGUUGUUAUCGACGAAUAUAUCAAAAACCUAGAACUAUCGAAGCAGCUCAAAAGGCGAUCCCUACCUGAAAAGUCCACACGUUUCCUUCAUGAGACGCUCGUUUCUCAAUGGACAGAGGAAACUAAAAAGGCUUUUCCGAGCAACAAUACCUAUAGCAUCUACAGCUCCUUCAUUUUCAAAAAUGAUAGGAUCACUAUUGAAAGAGCAACAUCUAUUAUACGAGAAGAUAUGGAGGCCUUCCGACGUCGAUUCUCUGGGGAACAGGUUGAGUUUCUAGUGACAUGGAUCCAUUCGGGUGGAAAGGCGACCGAGAAGAAACCUUCAGACACGGCUUUCUUCUGGCGUGAAGCUGUAUACCACACCUAUGUCACUGUAGAAUGGGUGGAUAAAUGGAUGGAAACGGACAUGAGACCUUUCUUGGAGGAUGUCAAGAAGAAAUUGAGGCCCCUUUCCCUAAAGGGAGAGGCUGCGUUCAUCAAUUUCCCCGACGGAGCGCUGGGCGCAAACGCCCAUGAGCGGGCAUAUUUUGGGGAUAAUCGCCAGGAAUUGAGGCGUGUCAAGAAGAUGUGGGAUAAGGACAACUUUUUCAAGUCGGCACAAGGCGUUGGGCUCCCAAAAAGUGCGGAGAACGAUGGAGGAUCGGGUGUAAACAGACCAAAUGAAGAGGAUUUGACACACACAAUCGCAGGAGAGCAUUGGAAGUAUUUCGGAACAAAAAACUUCAAGAAAGAGUUGAACGAACUAGUUGAAUUGGGGCUUUGA